AUGGAAACCUACACCGUGGUUGCGUUCAUUUUUGUGCUAAUGUUUGGAAAUGGUAUGGCAUUAAAAUGCCGUAAUUGUCUCAGCUCGAAAAGCUUCGACGAAUGUGAAAAUAUGGGAGGAAUAGUGGAGUGCAAUGCGACGAUCGUUAACGCGAACCAUGAAUCGUUUAAGCUAGACAACCCAAGUUUACCCCAAGGCAACGGGACGGAAUUUAAGUGCUACCGGUUACAAGUCGCACGCCUUUAUCCAAACAACACCGACAGCGGGCUGCGCGGAUAUGCUCGUGGAUGCACAUUUCUUAAUACGAGCUUCUGCAAUGGUUGGAGCAGUACGCUAAAUCUUACCAGCUGUACGACGUGUACUACCGAUAAUUGCGAUCAGAACCCUAAUCCUACUCCUAACGGUGCCGGCGAUUUAUCGUUUAAAAGUCUGACCAGUUUAGGAUGUUUGAGCAUCUUACUGGCACUAGCGUCACGAUAA